CGACCCUCACGUCGAAGCUGGUCUUUUGGCGCAAUCUCAUCUCCCUCUCUCACCUGUACAACAACAACCAGCAUCUUCUUUCCGAUCCAAAAACUCAACACUAGAAACCGUGACAACCACCUAGAACAGACAAACGAUCAUUUCCAUAAUGGCACACUCAACGCAGACAUUGGAGCACUCAGGAGCCCUCAACCUCGGGGCAGAGUCCUCCACCGCUUUCCCCUCCCCAGGCUCCUCUUUCCUUCCUCCACCCAAGCCUGGUCCCAUCGAGCUCGCCCGUCCGCCCUCGGGAAGACGAUCGUCCAAGAAAGACCUCUCUAACCCUGCUGGAGACUCGGACCGCAGAAGCAGCACACCCUCCAUCACUACGGGCUCAAGUUCAACCAACGGUCUAGACGUCAACGCAAAGACGCCAACAAUGCCAUCUGGCCUCGGAUCUGCCGCGCCGCGAAGCGCCAACACAGACCCGGGCACGCCCACACCGCGAUCGCCCACCCCAACAGACCGCUUCGCCCACCUCCCGCCUGCUUCUCCGCCCGCCAAACCACCCUCGCCCACAGCCGUAAUCACCUCCCCCGUCAUCCCCCCGCCCAUCCAGCUCCCAGAUCACCUUGUCGAAGAGGCAGAUGACAGACCCUCCUUCCCGUCACCCACACCGUCACCAGGAUUCGGAUCUAUGAUCUCGCAAGCGGCGAACAACCCCAACAGGCUGAGCACGCAGAGCGCUCGGAGCACCACGUCGCUCACAUCCUCGCGCCCCGCCCCGCCUUCCCCGGCCGUCUCCAGACGCGGCUCGGCGUACUCACGCGGUGGCUCGCGCCCCGUCUCGGGCACGAGCUCGCACGCGCACUCGCGGCCCACGUCCGGGCUCAACUCACCGUCGUACCCCAGCUUUACGUCCACGUCGGUACCGCUGGCUGACAUUACCGGGGCGAGCCCUGCCACGCCUGCCUCUUGGACGUCGAAUCCGAAGCGGGAUAAGCAGCACCUCAGCAUGUCGUCUAUCAACAACAUCAACCCUUCUUCUAUCUCCGCUACUCCCACUUCCACCUCUGCUGAGCCAGCUGUCGUACCAGCGCCGGUACAGCGCAUGAAGAUUCGGGACUACGGUUUCCCCGCCUCCGAUCCGCGCUAUACCGGCGAAGGACCGCUCGCGCCCCGCCCAAAUAAACCCAAAGUGCUCGAACGUCGACUCGAUCCUACCGCCGGACCUUCGUCGUCUGCUUCCAGCGCAUCAGAAAGCGAAGACGACGAGAGGUGGGAGGACGAAGCCGACGACGAUGGAGAUGACGACGGUGUGGGCGUGGGCGGAGGCAGCUGGGGGCGGUUUAGCUGGGGCUUUAACCAGCUGCAGUCGAGCUGGCGGGCUGCGGACCAGCAGGCGCAGGUGAGCCGGGGGGAUCUGGAGAGGAAUUUCGGGGAUGGGGACGUGGAAGAGGAGGAGGAUGAAGAUGACGACCGGUUUGAGGCGGACGAGGUUGGGUAUGGUGAGGAGGAUUAUGAGGACGGGGACGGGGAUGGGGAUGGGGAUGGGGAGGAGGGCGAGUCGCUGCUUCCUGGGCUGUAUCGGGCGCUGUAUGCGUUCGAUCCCGAGGGUACGGCGGAGAUGCGGCUGGAUGAAGAUCAGAUUGUGCGUGUUAUUGGGCGGGGAGGCGGGGUUGGGUGGGCUGUCGUUGUGCGUGAGGGUACGGGGGAUGGGAACGAGCACGCGCUUGUGCCGGAGAGCUAUCUCGAGCCUGUCAAGCUCGACGUGGACGACGAGGCGGAUUGACCUUGACCCAUCGAUCAUCUUUGGUCGGUCGUCUGAUACAUCUUGUCUUGUUUUGCCGUGUUCGGUGCGCGGUGUUUGUGCCUCUACCCAUGUAACGACUGCUUUCUUGUGCUUCGUCUCACGAUGUUGUUUACUAUGCUUUGUAUGCACGCGGAUUUCGUUACUCUUAUAAUACGUUUAUUACUCUCAAUGUCUG